UGUCUGCAGCCUCCAGUGCGCAUGCGCGCUCUGAUAUGAAUAACUACAGCGGCAGCCGUCCUACAAAGUUAAGACAGUAAAGCUGGAUAACGAGUAUGCCCUUUGUUGAGUGGUUUUCUGCCGAGACAUCAUCCAAAUCAGGGAUGUAUUAAUUAUUGUCAGGGGAUUUUAGAUAUGAGGUCCAGUCAGAGGUAAAAGAAGUUGGCAGACAUAUUUAGUUGACAUAAUUCGUCUUUCUCGCCUGCGCAACGCGCAUACGCGUCACCACAACGAUCUGGAUUUAGCUCUGAUUAAUACAUCUUACAUCUUAAAUGGAUGACAUGGACAUGAUUGUGAACGAGAAGAUCUCCUGUAAGUCCUGAUUGUGUGGAACAGUUUCCGUCCUUCUUUGAUCCAUGGAGACUGUGGGCAGCUUCGAGUUCAGCAGGAAGGACCUUAUCGGUCACGGUGCGUUCGCUGUGGUGUUCAAGGGGAGACAUAAAGAGAAGCGCGAUUGUGAAGUUGCAAUAAAGUGCAUCAACAAGAAGAAUCUGGCCAAAUCCCAAGUCCUCCUCGGGAAAGAAAUUAAGAUCCUGAAGGAACUCAAACAUGAAAACAUCGUCGGUCUACUCGACUAUCAGGAGAUUGGGGGAUGUGUUUAUCUCGUCAUGGAGUACUGCAACGGAGGCGACCUGGCUGAAUACCUGCACGCUCGGCGUACCCUGAGCGAGGACACCAUCCGCGUGUUCCUGCAGCAGAUCUCCAGGGCUAUGAAGAUCCUGCAGAGCAGAGGCAUCAUCCACCGGGACCUGAAGCCCCAGAACAUCCUGCUCUGCUCCCCCCCCGGCCGCCGCAUCAGUCCCAGCAACACCUGCCUCAAAAUCGCUGACUUUGGGUUUGCUCGCCAUCUCCAGACUAACACGAUGGCGGCCACCCUCUGUGGCUCCCCCAUGUACAUGGCCCCGGAGGUCAUCAUGUCCCAGAACUACGAUGCCAGGGCUGACCUCUGGAGCAUCGGCACAGUAGUGUACCAGUGUCUGACUGGGAAAGCACCCUUCUACGCCAGCACCCCCCAGGAGCUCCGGCUCUUCUACGAAAGCAACGGGAAUCUGCUCCCCAGCAUCCCACGGGAGACCUCCGUCCACCUCCGCCAUCUGCUCCUCGGCCUCCUGCAGAGGAACCACAAGGAUCGGAUGACCUUCGACGAGUUCUUCAGCCACCCCUUCCUGGAAUCAAGUCAAACUCCAAAGAAAUCUUCUCCGGUUCCCAUGAUCCCAUCCUACCCCAGCUUUGGGUCUGGCUCUGCUAGCUCUUCCAGCGGCUCCUCCAUCUCCAACCAGCCCUCCCCUCAAUAUCAUUCCGAUGAGGAGAUGACUCCACCUCAGCACAAAACCCGGAACAAGCAUCGGCCCCCGGCCCACAGGGCAGAGGACCACCCUCGGCCAAAGGCGCCCCCCCUUCAGGGCAGGAAGGACGACUCGUCCUACGGGGAGGACUACGUUAUGGUGCCGGCCCAGUUUCCCAGUGAAUCCACUGAAGUGGGAGAUGGUUCCCCCUAUGAGGGCUGCCUCAUAUACACGGGGACUUCCCCCUCUUCAUCGCCGCAGUCUCCAGCUAAACCCACCAGCAGGACUGUGGGGUUUAACUGCAGCAACUACCAGCAGUCAGUGGCCGUUCCCGUCCCCACUCAGAUCCACAACUACCAGCGCAUGGAGCAAAACCUACAGCCUGCGGGCCUACAUGGAUCCACGAGGGCUAUGCUUUGUGCUGGGGGCAGCAGCAGACUCUCCACAGGAGAGUGCAGGUCUGGCGGGGCUCAGCCAAGUCGAGGCUCCCCACUGUCCUCCUCCCCGCGGCUCCAGGCUGGAGCCGCUUCACCUGGUCGCUUUUCUACACAAGUUGGGUGCUCCCCCGGGACCCCAGAGCAGGCCUGCCCUCUGAGCUCCAGGACGCCAGCUGACCCCAGACCCCAGUACAGCCUCCCCUGCAGGGAUAUCAACACGGCGGCCCCCAGAGCCUCAAGGUAUGGACGGCUCCGAACCUGCCAACCCAUGGCCCCUCUUCCACCCCUCGGACAAAGCCAGCAUGGCCGCAGGAGAACACCAACAGCCCCUUUCAUGGAGUUGUUUUGGGUGCCCAGGUCAUGGAGUACAGGCAGGAUAUCUGAUAUGCUGCUGAAGGCUGCCUUUGGAACUCAGCUCCUGCAGGGAGAGCUUCACGACAGCCCGCUUUCUGAGAAGAGCGUUGACAUAGCAGGGACCAGGGAUAAGGCUGUUGCAGCCUCACCUAGUGGGUGUCUGAGAACUGCAGGAGGGCUGUCAGUCAGUCCUGCGGUUGUGGCGUUUGCUGACUCUCCAUCCAUAGGAAACACCCCUCCUCGGAUAUUCUCUGAAAGCCCCAGCUUCAUGAGUACAGCCUGGCUCUUCGGCAGCCAUCUUCACAGGAGAGCCCACAGAGAAAGUGACGUUGAGGUCAUGGACGGGGUCCAAGAGAGCACCCUGGAUUUCCACCCUCCUGAGCUCCCAGACGACACGCUGAUGGAGCAGGCACAUACAAAUGCUCUAAUGGAGCUCCGCUUCACACUGGCCUUUGUCCACUGUGUAAUGGAGGUGGCAUUCUCCAAAGACCAAGUCCUAGAGGCCAGCAGCAGCCCUGACGUAUCCUUCCUGCAGCAAAGCCUGGUGACGGAUCAGAUCAGUCUCCUCAGCAGAGAGUGGAGCCACGCAGAGCAGCUGCUGUUGUACAUGAAGUGUGAGGAGUUCCUGUCCUCCGCGCUGCGCGCCGCUAAAGAGGACAUCAAAGAAGGCCGCCUACUGCCCUCUGUCACAGUGAAGCAGCUGAUCAGGAAACUGAACGAGUUGUACAAGGCCUGCGUGACGUAUUGCCGCUCGCUCAACGACCGGCUGCAGAGCUUUCUGCAGGACAAACAGAGACUGAUGGACCGCUUCAAUGGCAUCGUAGCAGAGAAACUUAUUUACAACCACGCAGUGCAAAUGGUGCAGUCCGCGGCCCUGGAUGAGAUGUUCCACUGUAGCACGGCAUCCAUCCAGCGGUACCAUAAGGGCCUCCUGCUGAUGGAGGGCCUGUCCCGUGUUGUCACGGAGAAACGCGACGCUGAGAGCGUUGACAAAUGUAAGCAGUGCAUCGAGCGACGUCUUGCUUCUCUCCACAGCUUACAGCAUGCUAGCUAUCUUUAGUGGUGACAACAAGGCCUUCGUUCUUC